AUGCUAAAGAUGAAUUUGCAAAGCUUGCUGACUUUCACGACGCUGGGCCUCGCGGCCGCAGAAUCCUCCGUCGUCUCUCUGUUCAUCUUUGAUGCUGACCCUCAGUCUCUGGUCGGCUCGGUCGUGGCAUCGCACUCCGACACGACGACAUACAGCAUCCACUGCGCUUCUGGCGUGAGCCCCGAAAAUUGUGGAUUCGCUCCCGGCUUCACGUACAUUGCGGCCCCGACAACGGUCGAUUGGGAGCUGACUCCACCCUACGAUGUCUAUGGCCACGUUGGUUGCUCGGUGGGAGGAACCACGACGGCCGUGUGCACCGUGACCAUGCCACACCAGGUGAUUGGGAGCUCGCGCACCGAGUUUACUCAAGUCACGACUCUGAGCAAAAAUGAGAUUACCUUGAUGCCGGUCACUAUUACUGCAGGUCCCUCGGCCACCGCCACCGGGGCUUCGACUACUGCCACUGGGGCUUCGACUACCGCCACUGGGGCUUCGACUACCGGCACGUCGCAGGCUUCGGGUGCAUCUUCCUCCACGAGUACCAGCACGGGAGGUCUGCCCCAAAUCACCGCAAAUCGCGGUGCUAUUUUGGGUGGAGCCGCAGCGGCUCUAGUUGCUGCUGUCCUGUAG